GUUCUGCCCACCGCUUUUUACUGUUAAUUCUUUGAAGCAUCUCAGAGUCAUCUUCCCCUUGAUUAUACAUCUCAGAUCUUUUGGGGUUAACUGUGUAAAUGGGUGAGGUUGACUUGUUUCUGCAUCUUGUGGAGGCAUGUCUUCAAUCAUAGAAUCAAGAUCCCCUGCAUCUUGAAGGCACAAUAAAAGUGUGAAACCUCGCUGGAGCAUCCAGCCAUGGAGGAAGGUGAAGAAUCUGGAUUUUUGGAUGGAUUUGCGAAGACAGGAGAAGAUAAAUCUCUCCAUUGAGACCCAAAUGUGGAGAAUCAUGUGCCCAUCUUUCCAAAUCAAGGAUGGUUCAUCUGUAAAUAUCAUAAGCAUGACAAGGACGCCGGCCACAUGGGAAUGUCUAAUCUGAAUGGAAGCGGAAAUAAUGAUGUUUCAAACAGGAACAAAUCGCUUCGUCUUCCAACCAAGGGCAAGGCCACCAUUCUCGCAUUAGGCAAAGCCUUCCCCAGCCAACUUGUUCCCCAAGACCGCUUAGUCGAAGGCUACAUUCGCGACACAAACUGCCAUGACCUUGCCAUCAAGGAGAAGCUCGAGAGACUUUGCAAAACAACAACAGUGAAGACAAGAUACACAGUGAUGUGCAAAGAUGUAUUGGAGAAAUACCCAGAGCUAGUGAGAGAAGGGUGUCCAACCAUCGCGCAGCGGCUGGAAAUAGCGAACCCUGCAGUAGUUGAGAUGGCGAAGGAGGCUAGCAUGGCCUGCAUCAAGGAUUGGGGCCGUCCAGCAGAGGAGAUCACCCACAUCGUUUACGUCUCGUCCAGCGAAAUCCGGCUGCCCGGAGGGGAUCUCUACUUGGCCACCCAGCUGGGCUUGAGGAGCGACGUCAACCGCGUAAUGCUCUACUUCCUCGGCUGCUACGGAGGGGUCACCGCCCUCCGGGUCGCCAAGGACAUAGCCGAGAACAACCCGGGCAGCCGGGUCCUCGUCACCACGUCCGAGACCACCAUUCUGGGCUUCCGCCCCCCCAACCGGGCCCGCCCGUAUGACCUUGUCGGGGCUGCCCUGUUCGGUGACGGAGCAGCAGCCGUCAUCGUGGGGGCCGAGCCCAGGGAGGGCGUGGAGAACCCGUUCAUGGAACUCUUCUUUGCAACUCAGCAGUUCCUGCUCGGAACUCACAGCGUCAUAGACGGUCGGAUUUCUGAGGAGGGGAUCAACUUCAAGCUAGGGCGGGACUUGCCGGAGAAGAUCCAGGACAACAUCGAGGACUUCUGCAAGAAGCUGAUGGCCAAAGUCCCAACUGCAACAGCAAGCAUGGAGUACAAUGACUUUUUCUGGGCGGUGCAUCCUGGAGGGCCGGCGAUACUGAACAGAUUGGAAGAAACUCUCGGACUGAGAAGGGAGAAGCUAGAGUGCAGCCGGAAGGCGUUAAUGGAGUUUGGAAACGUGAGCAGCAACACCAUCUUCUAUGUGCUGGAGCACAUGAGAGAUGAGCUGAGGAGGAGGAAGGCGACCGAAGAAGAAGAAGAAGAAUGGGGACUCGCUUUGGCAUUUGGACCUGGAAUCACGUUUGAAGGGAUUCUUCUCAGGAGCCUACUGUGAUCCAUACAUAUAUUAUUUGGUUGGAAUCAUCAUCAAUUCAAUAAUGUAGCUUAGAUUAAAUUCAUCUCCCAGGUGGGUUAUUGAAGCUGAUUAAGGGGCCGCUGUAAUUCAGCUAUAUUUAAUUUGUAGGCAGGGCCAGCAAUUGUGCUGCUGUUGUUUUUCAAGUUUUCGUUUAACCAAAAAUUGUCCAUGUUCAUGUCAUUACAGUUGUGAUCCAUACAUCAUAUUCAAAAAACCCAAUGCUGUUUUGAUUAUACACUUUUUCACGACAUAUAAAUAAUA